GGAAAGUAGCCUAUGCCUGGGAAAGAACUCUUGUCUGCCCCUUUCAAUGUUUAUCCUGACGUCAGUUACCAGAACUCGCGCUGCCCCUGUCUCGCUCAGUCUCAACUACGUUUCAGCAAGAAUUCGUGGAAUCGAUGGUCUCGAGUCCACAACUUGCAAAUCGGUCCUAUGCGGAGUCACUGAAAUGAUUUCUGCGGGUUUUUCAAAGUGGACUUUAACAGAAAAAUGAACACCUGUGCUUUUCUACUGAUCCUGGCCGUUCAGAUCUACGCCGAUGGCAAUGAGGGACCAACAGCGGCGGGCUGCACCUUCGACGAGGACUCCGACCCCAGCCUGUGUGACUUCACCCAGGGCGAGGAGGACGACUUUGACUGGCAGCUGUUCCGCACCCACAACUCUCCCCACGCCAGCUCCGACCUCCUGCGGGGUGAGUCUCCGCCCUCACACCACGCCCAGAUGUCUGUUUAAACCCUCGACCGCAGACCAGGAGGUCGCAGGUUCAAAUCCCGAGCCCGUACGUCGCUUUGGAUUAAAGCAUCUGCUAACGGGGAAGAAAUGAAUAUGUUAAACGAUUAGGUGAAAGGGUUGAGAAAGGUCCGUGUUGUGUGGUCGCACCGGUGGAUUUGCAUCACCUAGUGGACUUUCGAGACCACUGAGUUCCCACUGAGGUCACAGGUGGGGCAGAGACAUGAUCUGCCUUGCAGUGAGUCUCCGCGGGCGUUUGGAACGUGUACAAUCAUUCCCCCUGGUUGUGAUCAGCUGCUCAAGCCAGCCUGUUUGCCCGCGGAAGGUUCUGGAAGCUUUGCAUGAAUGCCUAGCCCUUUCCACAGCACAGAUGCCUGGCAGAAUGAGCGCUAUUCAGCUGGCCUCGACGCAUGCGACUGCGUACAAAUCAGCGUUGAGAAGUCCAGCGUGCAUAAUUCAUCAGCUGUAAUUAGGCUGCUAUCCUCCUGGUUGAGUGUCUGUUCCAUGCUAACCCCAGGGAUAACACUCUCUUGUUAAGCAGGCACCCAGAGUUGAGGAGGAAACGCACAUGAUUUCCUUCCUGUUCCGCCGUAGCCAAGAGGGAGGAGGCAUGCAUAGUUUAUAAGGCGCUCCUCCUCACCCACGUUAACAAACACCUUUGGGGGGCCGAGGAGGAGAGAGCGAGGCACAGCCGCCGCGGAAGAACAAUCGAUGGUCGUCAUGCAGCCGCCCGUUGGGAAGAAGUGAUUAGGACACUGACCUCUGUCGGGGUUAAUCAAUCAGUCAAUCAAUGAUGUCGUACUGUGGAGAGAGGCCUUACUGAGAGAGA